CUUUAAUCAAAACAAAGCAAACCUUGGUGUGCGGAAACCUCGGACUGAAUACGUGUUUCUCUUUUCUCCAGCAAAAAAUUACCUCUGAAACAGCACUUCCCACGGGAAAUCAAAUGUUUGUAUCGCAGUAUUCUUAAAUUUCCAUGAAUCUCUAGUUUAUGUACAAUUAAAAAUCAAUAAUCAUGACAUUGAUGGAUUCGCUUCGACGAUUUGAUGCGUACCCAAAAAUUGAUAAGGAAUUUAGCAUCAGAACGGUUGGGGGAGCAACUUUAACAUUUAUCAGUGGAACUAUUAUCAUUGUAUUGAUAUAUUCUGAGCUCAUAGCUUAUUUGACGCCCGUCGUUACUGACGAACUUUUUGUGGACUCAACACGGGGUCAAAAGCUGAAAAUCAAUUUGGAUUUUUACAUUCCAAGGAUCUCAUGUGAAUAUGUAUCUCUUGACGCACAAGAUGCAACCGGCGAACAGCAUCUUCAUAUCGAGCAUACCAUCUAUAAACGAAGGUUGGAUUUGAAGGGAAAUCCAAUCCAGGAGCCCGUGAAGGAAGAUAUUUCAGCUCCAAAACCGCGUCUGGAGAAGAAGGAGGAAGUGAAGAAAUGUGGUUCUUGUUAUGGUGCCGAGAAGAACAGUACUCAUUGCUGUGGAACAUGCCAAGACGUUAUCGAUGCCUACAGGGAGAAACAGUGGAACCCUAAUCUGGACGAGUUUGAACAAUGUAAAAAUGAGGUGCUACUUGGGAAAAAUAGCCUUGAAUCUAAGGCAUUCAGUGAAGGGUGUCAAAUAUACGGGUCAAUGCAGGUGAAUCGAGUUGGAGGAAGUUUCCACAUCGCCCCGGGGAAAAGCUUCUCUAUCAGUCACAUUCAUGUGCAUGAUGUGCAACCGUUUUCGUCCAGCAGAUUUAACACAUCCCAUCGCAUCAAUACGCUAUCUUUUGGGGAGGAAUUCGGCUACGGACAGACCAGACCAUUGGAUUUCACAGAAGAAACGGCACAAGAAGGGGCAAUCAUGUUCCAAUACUACAUCAAAAUAGUACCAACGGAAUUUGUUCCGCUAAAUGGACCAACACUCCACACCAACCAAUUUUCCGUUACCAAGUACCAAAAAAGUGUAUCUAUGAUGAGUGGCGAAUCUGGCAUGCCAGGCAUUUUCGUCAACUAUGAGCUGUCCCCGCUGAUGGUUAGGUUCAUUGAAAAGCGAAACUCCUUCAGUCAUUUUGCAACAAAUCUUUGUGCAAUCAUUGGAGGUAUAUUUACUGUUGCUGGUAUUAUCGACUCGUUACUGUUUACGUCAAUUCAUGCUCUCAAAAGAAAAAUUGAAUUAGGAAAAUUUAGCUAAUUAGACUUAUGCUUGUUUACGGACGACCGCAACUUUUUAACGAAACCGAUUUGUUCAAAUAGUUUUCCCUUCUAAUUUUGCUGGCGUAAAUGAGUAUAAGCAUCAACUUUCGUUUGGAUCCGCGUUCGAACGUAAAAAAAGAAUACCUGAGUACAUUAAAGCAAAAAUAAAACGAUCUGAUCGCAAAUGAUUGAACAAUGGCAGAGUAACAAAAA